GUGGAGCUGGCAAGUUAUGCUUAAUUGUAUCUUUUUUUUGCUGCAAUUUAUCUGCCGCUUUGAUGCUGUAUGAUCUGGACAAUGCAAUUUAACUGCCUUUGUUCUUUUAUUAUUAUUGAUGAACAGUGCAACUGUUUAGUGCAUCUGUCUUAAAUCUCUAUUUUUCUAUACUUUUUGAGUUUUCUCUCAUUUUUCUUUUCACUUCUCUCCCUUUUACCCAGUUCUCUGAAUAUAAUUAAAAAAAAGUAGAUUAAAAGAUGUGUUAAUUAUCAAGACAUUGAACUUAUGAGUCAUGUGAUGGUCCUUUUUGAAAAGGCGCUACAAGAGUGACAAAAAAACAAUAGUGUUAUAUGUUGGUAGAUUUAACAUAGAGGAUAUAUGGUGAGAAGAUUGACGAUAAUAGGGACAAAAGCUCCAAGAUUGUCGUCGCAUAGAGAGAACAUAUGAUUAGAAGGCCAAGGAGAGUCAUUUAUUGACAACCACAUACUUGGUGUAAUCCCAAAAAGUGGGGACCGAAAAGAUAAAGUAUACGCAGACCUUUCCUCUACCUUGGAAAUAGAUAGACUAUUUCAAAUAGACCCUCAGUGGAAGGAGCAAAAAGUCUAAAGUAGUAUAGAGAAUUAAAUAGUGGAAAUGAAUAAGUAAUGGCAAAAUACUAUAAACAACUUGACAAAUCAUCCUGAACAGUAUUCAUAACAAGAUAAUACGAUACUCAAAAGUACAAAAAACAACAUAUAGUAACCAAACUCAGAAGACAAGAAACUACAAGAGUCAUACUACGACUAAUAGUACAACGUAGUAUGACUAAUAGUACGGAAGGAUAAGCAAGGCAAUGCUUAACUAUCUAGCUAACCUUCUACUCUAAUUCGCGUCCUUAAUAACCUCAUAAUUAAGGUCAUGUCGUCACGUCUUGUCUAAUCAUCUCUCCCUAAUACUUCAACCAGCUUCGACCUCUCUUGAAGACAUCCAUAUCCAACCUCUUACACCUCCUCAUUGAAGCAUUUGUGCCUGAUUUAUGCACAUGCACCAACCAUCUCAGCCUUGUUUCUCGCAUAUUGUCCUCUAUCAAGGCCGCUCCUACGAUGUCUCAGAUAUUUUCAUUCCUAAUAUAUCUCUGUAGUAUGUCCACUCAUCUAUCUUAGUAUCACCAUCUUCACAAUUUUCAUCUUUUGAAUGUGGGAGUUCUUGACUGGGCAAGACUCUACUCCAUACAACAGAGCUAGUCUAACCACUGCUCUGUAGAACUUGCCUUUCACUUUGUUUGGAUGAUUGUCAUACAUUGUUUCAUAAUGUAUCAUAUUGGAUUGUGUUGUGUUAUGCUGUAUCGUAUUGUGUUGUUUUAAUGAAUACGACAUUUAGGUAGAUUAUAUCAUUUUUCGUCAUGACAUAAUCUCACACAUCAACAAUUAGAAGGACAAACCUACAAGAAAAGUAAGAUAGGAGGUAGAAAUACCAUAAAAGGUACAUGAUAAAAUAUAAUUAUUAAAUUAAUAAGUAAAGGCAAAAUGAGAAAAAAAGAAGUAACAAGGCGAUCACACUAACUCGGUUGUUACAUAAAAUGGGACUUCUCGUCAUUACCUAAUCAUCGAUUUAAUGAUACGAUACAAUAAAAUUUAUUUAACAAUGCAAAAAACGUUGUAUUUAACUAACAACACAGUACAAUACAAUAAGAACAACCAUCCAAACAAGUUGUAAGUCUUGGUGGCACCUUCUUAUCACACAAAACUCUAGAUGCGAGCCCCCAUUUCAUUCGUCCUACACCAAUAUGAUAUGUGCCAUUAUCAUCAAUCUCCCUAUUUUCUUGGAUAAUAGACCCAAGAUACUUAGAACUUCCUCUAUUUAAAUGAUGAUUUAACGUGAAAUGUAUAAAUGGGAAAGGCAUAUAAUCAAUAAGAUCGUUAGCAAGUGUUAGAACAUUGAGAGUAUCUAUGGAUGAACGUUUUUAAGGAGACAUGUAGGGAUUUUUUAUAACUGGGUUCAUACCAACUUAUAACAAUAAUAACACCCAAAGGUGAGGCCUGCUAGCUAAGUUGCUCGGACUCGGGUGCGAGUAUCCGAGACGGGUGCGGAUCCGAGAGUCGGAUUCGUCAAAAUAUAAAUUUUAAGAUUCAGGGAUGCAAAUCCGAGUGUAGAUAUGGGUGCGGGGAUUCGGCUAAAAAAAUUAAAUAUUAUAAAUAUAGAGUUAAUAAAGAUAUUUACCAAAAAAUAAAAAUAAGGAUAAUUAAGAAUUUAAACUAAUGUUGUCAAAGUAAGAGUACACUGAUCGACACAUGCUGUCAAAGUAACCACGUUUUUUAGUUUUUACUUUUUAUUAAAAAAAUUACUUUUUAUUAAAACAGAUAUUUGUUAAUAUACACGUGUUAAUAUAUGUUAUUAACAAUACAAACAAAUAAAGACCGUCACUUAAACCAAAAAAAAAAAUCAUUGCGUCCGACGACGACUAGAGUGGGAGAAACGCCGUUUCUGUUUCGGUGGUUGUUGGUUGGGAUUUUUUUCAGUAAGUUGCUUGUUAAUUAUACGAUGUUUCCCCUCGAAUUUCUUCUUUAGUUUGGUGUCUCCAAAAUCGGUUGACUGAACCGAAUCGGAGACGGCGGAAGCACCCGUCCCUGCCUCAGUCUCGUGUCGAGACGGGUUCGGCGGCAAAACAGCCGAGUCUGAGCAACAUAGCCUGCUGGUCAAUGAAGUGGGUUGAAAACCUUAGGUCUCAGGUUCAAAUCCCAACAGUAAGUCGUCUCAUAUGUCAUAUCCUUGGUGGACGGAACUACCUGUUAUUUGUUGCUUGUUGGAGGUGACAGGUAUCCCGUUGAUUUAGUCGAGGUGCGCAAAAGCUGAUCUGGACACUACAAUUAAAAAAAAAAUAACAACAUACCCAGUUUUAUGGGGCUGGGAGGUGGGUCUUGAGAGGUUAGGAUGUACGCGGACCUUACCUCUACCUUUAUCAGGGUAGAGAGGUUGUUUCUGAUAGACGCUGAGCUCAAAAGGGAAUGUGCUCUUAUCAAGUCUUCUAGAGUAUUGCACUAACAUAUUCCCCCCAAAAAAUUUAAAUUACAGAUAUGCUUUUAGCCUAUAGUUAUUAGCUUAUAAUUAUUGAUGCACUAGCCUUUUGUAUACAAGAUGAUGUUCUAUGUGCAUAUAUUUGCUGAUCAUGUUGGGUCUAUUAAGAAUUUUAGUUACUGAGCUAGUCAAAAGUUCGAAAUGGAUACUUAUUCAAAAGGGAAGAGUUAUAAGACAAGUAGAAGUUAAAAUAUCUGUACUAAGUAUAGUACUAUAAGAACAAUGAUGUUGAAUGAGACUAGUCCAGUCCGUGGCAUUUAAGAUGCAUAUAUCUCAGAUAUAGAAGUUCAUUCGUCAGGAGAAUGACGUGAACCGGAGGGUGAAACAUAUCAAACUAAAACAUGAUGAUUGAAAAGAAUGAAUGUUAUGAAAGUGCGAUGUCAAUAUGAAGAUGUCUAACAAAGUGAAAGACAAGUUCGAUAGAAGUCUGUGAGAUCAACGGUGUUAUAUAAAACUCAAUGUUGGACCUUUAAUGCCCUACCACAUCCUCAAAAAAAGAGCAUUGUAAAAAUGUAGAUAUAAGAUGGAUGUUUGGUCAUAUAGAUAAUAUCAAAAAUGAUCACGCGUAUUAGAAGGUACAAGUAGCACACAUUUUCAGAUGGUUUGAUUAAUUUUACUUAGAACUCCAAAUGCACUGGUCCUCAGAAUUAGAAUAUCACUGUGAUAGAGAGUGCAACUAUAUCUCGUAGGGGAUAAAAUAAUAGGUUGCCUAACUUAAUUUGCACAUGUCCUACUUAGACCACCAAAUGCACCAACUUUAUAGAUGCAAUACUAUGAUAAUUGAUGUUGUUAAACGAACACGAAGUCACUUAAAUCACAUGAUGGGACAUUGUUUCAAAAUACGUAUGAUCUCUUGAAAUCAAUGAAGGCUUAGCUUAGGAUAGAACAAAAGACCUUCAAUUUCUUAGAAUUAAACUCAAUUUAGCUAAGAAUAAAAUACAGUAGAAGAAAAUGACUUGUAUAGGUUAUACCAACUAAUUUGGAACUUUGGGUUAAUGUCUAGUUGUGGUUAUACUUACAUUCUGUCCCAUGUCUGGUUAGGGACAUAUAUUUAUCAGUUUUGUGGUAAGUGAUAAUAUUCAAAGAAUCUUCAAUUUUAGUGAUUUCCUAAUUUGCUUUAAAUAUAAAAUAUUUAGUUGUGGGAUGAGAUGGAACUAAAUAGAGCAGAAUGAAUAUGAGGAUUCGUAUUGCCGAUCUACUGGUUAUAGUUUGCCGUAGUGGUGGCAAAUGAGAGGAUUGAAUCGGAUUUGGACGGAUUGAAAAUGCAUUGGGCUAAUAGGGAUUGAAUUGCAAUUCACCCAUAUAAAUAUGGUACGAUAUGGAUUGGAUAAAAUGGUCCUAACCCACUUUAAUCUCCUAAACCCAAAAAACUUUUAACCUUUAUCUAAGUUAUUAGAAAUCAACUUAACAACCAAACUUCCAUAUCUCUAUUUGACAUACAAACUCGAUGUUGAAAAUAAUCAUAAAUUUUCUCUGAUUUUGUUACUAUCAUCAUGUUUUUUUUUUUGUGUGUUCAUUCCUAGUAAUUUUUGGAUUAAUAUAUGAAUUGUUUCGUAAUUGGACAAUACUAGAAGAGAGAAAAGUAAAUAAACCAGGAAUACAUGUUCACACUCUAAAUUACUAAGAUUACAUGUAAGAUUUUCAAAAACAAAGUUGUAGAGUAGAAGUCUGUAAAUAUAUUCCUACACAUAUACUAGGUACUCCCUCCAUUCCUAUUUACUUGUCACCUUUUUAAGGUGCACACCCCUUAAGAACAACAUUAACUAAAAGGUAAUUUGACUAAAUUACCCUUAUUUAUUACUCAUCUUUAUUUAAUAUUUCUCGUUUUUACAUUAUAUUAAUAACUCUCCAUAGUUAUGACUAAUGGUAAAGAUGGAAAAGACAACUAAUUAUGUCUUGAUUUUCUGAAAUGCCAACCAUUAUGGAAUAUCUAUUUUUAGUAAGGACGACAAAUAUUUAGAAACAGAGGGGCCGUUUGCUCAUGAAAUUGUGAGUAUUUGAAAAAGUAGUUCUUUUUUCAAAGUGAAAAAUGAUAUUUGAAAAUUGUAGUUGUGUUUGACCAUGACUACAAAUUUGAGUUGUUUUUGACCUUUUGUGAGUAAUUUGUAGUGCAAAAAUGAAACAAAAGUAAAAAUAAUUCAUGGCCAAACCCCAAAAGAUACAGUAAAAAGUGGAUAGAUGCAAAUUGAUAAGAGAAUAUUAAUUCCGAGUAAAUGACUCUACAUAAUAUGUGCUCAUCGUAACAGGUCCUGAAACAAAUGCAUGAUUUAAAAUUGAAUGGUCAAAUAUUUAAAUAUUAAAUGUAUUGAUGAAAGUUGAUAAUUUUUUUUGGUUAGAAUUAAUAUAUUAAAAGAAAGUUCCCUUUGUAAUGACUAACUAAGAAACAAUUUAAAGAAUAUAUGAGCAGAUUUAAUUUCCAUAUGUUUAUUAAAUAUAUAAGCUAAUAUUUUAAUGUAAUAAUUGAAUAGUCGAUCUCUCAAACACAACUUUGAACAACUGAAGCCGAUUCAAACAUAUCUGAUAUUCUCUAAUCAACAACUUUGAGAGCAUUUUUCAGUUGGCUUUUCUAUACCCAUAUUUUACCCAUAUUUAACCAUAAAAAUAUGGUCUGCAUACACUACUUUGCCCAGACCCCACUAUGUGGGAAUACACUGGGUAUGUUGUUGUUUUGUUGUCCAUAAAAAUAAAAUUAGGUUGAAAGCCCAUAUUUACACGACUUGAAAUAUAAGUGAUCCAACUCAUUAAAAUAUGGGCUAAUAAAUGGAUUGAUUUUAUAAAUAUGGGUUGAAAUUGCCAGCUCUAGUUGGUCGAUUGAGUGAUCUCUCUUUCUUUCCUGUUACUUAUAUUUGACCAGACAUGAUGGCUUUUCUUCGCAUUUUCUGGUGAUCUGGUUGCAGUUGAAACAUAUUCCAUCACUGUGAGAAGCUUGUGCUGUAAGAAAAGUGCACCAAAUUAGCUCGAAGACCCUUCAAAAAUGAGAUGAAGCUACAAAAAUAAUUUUAAGAUACAAGAUUUAAAAGCGAUGAACAGAAAUGUCCCUGUUAUGGACUUGUCAAAUGUCUUGCACUUGAUCCAUCAAAGUGCAGUAAAUUGAGUAUGGAGGAAAAGAGAGAACUAGUUUAUGAAUUAUCAAAGCAGUCACGUGGUGCCCCUGAAAUGCUGCAGUCUUGGAGCCGUCAGGAGAUUUUGCAGAUAUUAUGUGCAGAGAUGGGAAAAGAAAGGAAAUAUACUGGGCUGACAAAAUUGAAAAUAAUAGAAAACCUAUUGAAAAUUGUGUCUGAGAAGAAAUCUUUGGAGCAUGGAAGUACAUCUAAUCUUGAAAUGCAACCUUCAUCAGAGAGUGCCCAGAGGAGUACCAAAAGGCAGAGAAAAGCUGAGCAUCCAAGCCGUUUUCCUAUUGAAGCUAAUAAUUCUGCAACAACAAAUAUUAAAGCUAGUUUAGACAAUGUUGUAUACUGCCAAAAUUUGGCUUGUAGAGCUAAAUUAAGUUUCCAAGAUGCAUUUUGCAAGAGGUGUUCAUGUUGUAUUUGCCGUAACUAUGAUGACAAUAAGGACCCUAGUCUAUGGUUGAUUUGCAGCUCAGAGCCUCCUUUUCAAGGGGAUUCAUGUGGGAUGUCAUGCCACCUUGAGUGUGCUAUUAAGUACGGAAAAUCUGGUAUUACAACUGAUAAAUUAGACAAGGGCAAUAAUGGCACCUUUUGUUGUGUAUCCUGUGGAAAAGCUAAUGAUCUACUCAGUUCCUUGAAAAAACAACUGAUUGUAGCAAGAGACACCAGACGUGUAGACAUAUUAUGUUAUAGGCUUUCAUUGAGCCAAAAAAUUUCAGUUGGCGCCAAAGAUUGUCAAAAAUUGUGUGGAGCUCUUGAUGAAGCAGUGAAGAAGCUUGAAGCAGAUGUUGGCCCUUUGACUGGUUUGCCUGUGAAGAUGGCUAGAGGUAUAGUGAACAGGCUCUCAUUUGGCCCUGCUGUUCAGCAACUUUGUGGCUUGGCUGUUGAGUACAUAGAUGCCCUGCUCUCUGAGAGAGCAUCUGAAAUCACAUCUAAUGCUAAGGUCAAAGAUUGCAAUGUGAUGGAAUCAAAGCUCGUCAGAUUUGAGGAUGUCUUUACCUCAUCUGUGACAGUUGUUUUGAGUUCUGAAGGGUCUUCUAUGGAGAAUGUUGUUGGUUACACUUUAUGGCAUCGGAAAGCUGUUGAAAUGGAAUAUCCAGUAGAACCAACUCGGACGUUGUUUUCCCCAAGCACUAGGGUUGUGCUCUCAGAUCUGACUCCAGCUACAGAUUAUGUUCUCAAGAUUGUUUCCCUUGAUAGCAAGAGAGAACUGGGAAUGUCUGAAGUUCCAUUCUGCACCAGUAAAGCUGGAAAUGAAUUGUCUAACCUGAACUUGAAAAGCUUAGAAGUUGAAAGAAGUCAAAGUCCACCAACAAAUUGCAGCAACCUUUCUAAUCCUUCUUCAGUGGAGGAUGAAACUAAUAACAUUGUGCUAUGCAGCAAUGAGGAUGAGAACAGAGGGGAUAAUUGUCUUUCUUGUUGUGAUAACACUGACAAAACAAUUUCUACAGACUUGUGUUGCACCACAAUCGCCUUUACUAGUAAAAGUCAUAUAGGAAAUGCAGGAUUAAUGGCAUCUUUAGGUGAUGAUGAAGAUAGCAUGGUGAAAGUAAGCUCCUUGCCAAAUGCUGAUGAUGUAAAUCUUCAGAACAAGCAGUGUUCAGUCGUUCAAACAACAGAAGAGACAAGCACUGAUAAUGGGUCAAAUGCACCUCUCCAGACUGCCUUAGAAUUUACACCAUUUGUAAGUAGUGAAGAAGCUGGCUUACCCAUUACACCCUGCAAGUUGGAGAAUGUGAAGGGCAGUCACGGCCGGAAAGGAGUAUCGGAACAUUGCAGCAAGGAUCUUGAUAAUGGAUCAGGGAAGGAAGAUGGACCACAAGUUGGCAGCUCUUCGAAGAAGAGAGUUGGAGAAUGGCAAGAAGAAUGUGCUGGAACUGGAGAUAAGGACUUUGAGUAUUAUGUCAAAGUAGUUAGAUGGUUAGAGUGUGGUGAUCAUAUUGAUAAGACAUUCAGGCAGAAAUUCUUAACCUGGUAUAGCUUAAGAGCUACACCACAAGAUGUUAGGAUUGUCAAGGCAUUUGUUGAUACUCUUAUCGAAGAUCCAGUAUCACUUGCUGGCCAGCUGGUUGAUACUUUCUCUGAUGUUAUUUCAAGCAAGAGAUCUUCUGUAGUUCCUGCAGGCUUUUGCCUAAAGCUUUGGCAUUGAAGGAUUCAGUAUAGCUUAAGAGCUACACCACAAGAUGUUAGGAUUGUCAAUGCAUUUGUUGAUACUCUUAUUGAAGAUCCAGUAUCACUUGCUGGGCUGCUAGUUGAUACUUUGAUGUUAUUUCAAGCAAGAGAUUUUCUGUAGUUCCUGCAGGCGUUUGCCUAAAGCUUUGGCAUUGAAGGAUUCAGAAUGUGGAUCCUCUAUCCUCUGCUUCAUGAUUUAUAGUUGCUGCUGAGCUAAACAUAAUUCUUUGAUUCCCUGAUUGUCCAAUGUGAUUGUUAGUCGAUUCAUAUUUAUGAUGUAAACAAUUAGACCAUCUUUCAUUUUUCGUUCUUAUAGGUUGGUUCUACCCAAUUCAUCCACAUUUCUCUCUGCUGAUAUGACCUUGGAGUUGGAAUGAAGGGGAUCUUUGCUGUAAAAUAAUUUGAAAUACAAAAUCUGAUUGGAUCUUUGUUUUGUUUUUUUCAGUAGAAAUUUUACUUGAUUUGUUAGCCAUGAA